AUGCUGGUUUUAGUACUUGGUGAUCUUCACAUUCCACACCGUUGUAGCAGUUUACCUCCUAAAUUUAAGAAACUAUUGUUACCUGGCCGCAUACAACAUAUACUAUGCACAGGCAACUUAUGUACAAAGGAGUCUUAUGAUUAUUUAAAAACGCUGGCUAGUGAUGUACAUGUUGUUAGAGGUGAUUUUGAUGAGAAUUCUACAUACCCAGAACAGAAAGUAAUAACUGUUGGUCAGUUCCGAAUCGGUUUGAUCCAUGGUCAUCAAGUGGUACCUUGGGGUGAUGAAGAGUCUCUGGCACUCGUACAGAGGCAGCUAGAUGUUGAUAUAUUAAUAUCAGGCCAUACACAUCGCUUUGAAGCAUAUGAGCAUGAGAACAAGUUUUAUAUUAACCCUGGCUCAGCGACUGGUGCUUAUAGUCCACUAUAUAGGAAUGCAACUCCAUCGUUUGUGUUAAUGGAUAUCCAAAGCUCAACAGUGGUUACAUAUGUAUACAAACUUCUCGGAGAUGAAGUGAAAGUAGAAAGGAUUGAAUAUAAGAAAGCG